AUGGCAUCCAGACUGGCGAGGAGCGCAGCUGGAGCCAGCAAACUCCGCCCGUCAUUCCCCAUCCGAACCACCCUUCCAUCUCUCUACACUCCCUUGGCCUCCAUCCGACACGCCUCCAAUGUCCCUUCCGAAGACCCCAAGAAGACUGCACAAGCCAUCAUCGAUAGUCUGCCCGGCUCUUCGAUCGCUAGCAAGACCGCUAUUAUGUCCGCAGCCACCGGCGUGUCCAUCUGGGCUAUCAGCAACGAGCUAUACGUGCUGAAUGAAGAGACGGUUGUCGCGUUCUGUCUAUUGUCCGUCUUCUACGGCAUCUUCAAAUACGGCGGUCCCAUGUACAAGGAGUGGGCGGAUAGCACAGUCCAGAAGUACAAGGACAUCCUCAACGAGGCGAGAGCCGGUCACGCCAGCGCCGUUCAGGAGCGUAUUGAAGACGUCAAGCCCCUGAGCAACGUCGUUGAGAUCACCAAGCAACUGUUUGAGGUUUCCAAGGAAACCGCGAAACUCGAGGCUCAGGCCUUCGAACUGGAACAAAAGACCGCCCUGGCCGCUGAGGCCAAGAACGUCCUCGAGUCCUGGGUCCGCUACGAAGGACAAGUCAAGCAGCGUCAACAGAAGGAGUUGGCCGAGUCCAUUAUUGCCAAGGUCACCAAGGAGCUCGAGAAUCCCAAGGUCCUCCAGCAAAUCUUGCAGCAAAGUGUAGCGGAUGUUGAGAAAUUGGUUGCAACCAAGCCUUCAUAG